AUGCUUCGGGAAGUUCACCUUAUCAAUGGUCUCCAUGGCUUUUCUCUGUUGACGGGGUUCUUAGCUGGCGCACUUGCCCUAUAUCGGAUCUACCUCGUGAUUUACAAUCUCUAUCUUCAUCCACUUGCUAAAGUGCCUGGACCGAAGCUGUACGCGGCAUCAAACAUUCCUUAUUCGGUUGGACUCUGUAAAGGCACCAUCUGGUUCGACAUAAAGCGUUUUCAUGAUCAAUACGGCCCCGUUGUCCGAUAUGCACCCAACGAUGUCUCCUUCACAACAGUCGACGCUUGGAAAGAGAUCUACGGCCACAAAAAGUGGAACGAUCCCAACUUUCCAAAGGAUCGCAGACUUUACCGCGAGGGCAAGACCGACACAGCAAGCAUUCUGGUCGCCGACGAUGCCGAUCAUUCUCGCGUGCGGCGCUUGAUUUCUCAUGCGUUCUCCGAAAAAGCACUGCGUGGACAAGAAGGCAUCAUGCAAAGCUAUGUCUCUCUACUGAUCCGCCGACUGCAAGCACACGCAACAUCUUCUAACCCCGUGGUUGACAUGAACAAAUGGUACAAUUUUACGACCUUCGAUUUGAUUGGCGACUUGGCUUUCGGAGAACCGUUUGGUUGCCUUGAAAGUGAGGGCUACCACCCAUGGGUCGCCAUGAUUUUCGGCGGAUUCAAACUAUCAGCAUUCAAUCAAGCACGAAAGCGAUUCCCCUGGCUCAUGCCUGCCACCAAAUAUCUACUGCCCAGCAAAUUGACCCAAGCACAAAUCGAGCACUUCUCUCUCAGUUUCUCCAAGGCUCGCCAACGUGCCAUGGGCGGUUUCAAAUAUCGCGAGGACUUCAUGUCAUAUAUCUUGCGGCACAAUGGCGAGGACGGCAGGGGAAUGACGCCUGAUGAGAUUGGAGAGAAUUCAAACAUUCUCAUCGUUGCUGGUAGUGAGACCACGGCAUCCCUCUUGACCGGUACCACGUACUAUCUGUUGAAAAACCCCGAGUGCCUUCAACUAUUGACAACAGAAAUCCGCUCAACCUUCGAAAAGGAAGACGACAUCAACCUCGUCAGCGUUGGGCAACUCAAGUAUCUCCUGGCCUGCCUAGACGAGGGAUUGCGGUUGUAUCCGCCAGUACCGUCCGCUCUGGGCCGCGAUGUGCCAAAGGGUGGACAUUACAUUGAAGGAUAUUUCAUUCCAGAGCAGACAACGGUGGCGGUUGUCCAUUGGCCUACUUAUCAUUCUGAAAGGAAUUUCCAUCUUGCAGAUGAGUUUCGGCCUGAUCGCUGGCUGGGAGAUCCAGACUUCGCUUCAGAUAACAAAGAAGUGUUGCAACCCUUUCACGUUGGCCCGCGAAACUGCCUAGGGAAAAAUUUGGCUUAUGCGGAAAUGCGUUUGAUCCUAUGUCGAACGCUGUGGAAUUUUGAUCUGGAGUUGCAAAGUGACAGCGAAAAUUGGACAGAUCAACUCAUCUUCAAUUUCUGGCAGAAAGGGCCCCUGAACGUCAAAUUGAUUCCUCGGAGUCCUGGCGCAAAGGAAUAG